CACAACAUUCCGCCGUUUCCAUGGAAGUCCACCAUGUCAGAGCAGUCAGUGCUAGGAUAGCUAGCGAAAGCCUCAGGCUCCAGAAAUGAAACGAAUGAUUCAACUGAGCUAGUUAGCCAGUGUAGCGGUUAUAUGUGCACUCAGCUCCUCUUUAUUCAUGUUCGUCUCAGCGGUAUCUACUGACAGCUCGACCCCGAUGAAGCGCUUCACUCCCACCGCCCCCGUUGAGGAAUACCUCGCGGACAGUAAUGUGUUAUUUUACCUGAGUGAUGCAGUGACCCAGCUGCUGGAGCAUAAAGAGGAGUACACCCAGUUUGGGGUCAUCCGCUACUUUGCUGAAUAUUUCAGCAGUGUGAAGAACUGUAACCACGUCCUCUUCAGAGAGUAUAACUACAUCAGAGCCACUCCUCAUAACAGAGCCUCCUUCAUCAGAGUCUUCUGGAGAUGCUACAGACAGAUCGGCAAGAGUGGAGACUUACUGUCUAUGCUGGAGUACAGGUCUCUGCUGCAGUUACUGUGUCCAGACUUCCCAGCAGAGAUGGUGCAGAGUGCAGCCAGAAUUGUUCUGAUGGAGGACGCCAUAGAUUGUCUGAUGUCUUUCUCUGACUUCCUUUAUGCCUUCCAGCUGCAGUUCUACUACCAAGAGUUUCUGGACAGCGUGCUGGUGAUCUACCAGGAUCUGUUGUCAGGGAAGAGUCCUAACACUGUCAUCGUCCCCACGUCCACCUCCAUUGAGCAGCUCCCCUCCGUUACUACAGAGGAGAACGACAAGGAGGAGCAGCAGCUGGAUGGGGUGGAGCCGUCCACUCUGGCUCAGUGUAUAGAUGCCUUCUGUGACAGAUUCAAACGCAGUUAUCCCCCCAGGUACUGUAUGAGGGAAGCACUGGAACAGACUGACAAAGUGUCUUACUACAGCUUCCUGAUGAGCCUGGCUAAACAUGAGGCCAUCAACCAAACUAUUGGAGCGUUACCCAGCAAGGCAGAGCUGCUCAUUGACCCAGAGAUGGACCAGGAACUGGAUAAACUAAUCGCCCAGAUCUCAGUGAGUCCUGGCAGCAACAGCAGUGGCAGUGCGGUGGGGGGGUUGAAAGAAGUGCAGAGGAAGGCCUCCCCAAGGAGGAACAUCCACCACAGGAGGAAGAUGGAGGUGGAAAGCGACGGCUCCACGGAAGAGACAGACUCCUCUGAAAACUGACCUCUAACCUUUCAGCACUCUGUGAAACACCAGAGUCCAGAAAACACUGUGGCUGCAUGGCACACGGCCAAACCUUCUAGUCCAUUAUUUGCUUUGUAAACCCACACACAUUGUUGCAAGAGAACACUCCACCCUGAGACAGAAUACACAGUUGUCUUCUUUUUAUCAAGCAUUGAUUUCCAGAAAAGCAGUGAGGGAUUAAGUGGGAUCAGGAAAAUCAUAAUGCAGGGCAGUACUCUGCAUUCACUGUUGAUUAGAGGUGCGUACGAUACGUAUCACGAUACAGGGGUUACAAUUCGAUACAUUGCGAUAUAGUUCAAUAUUUGUAAUUAUCACAGUCCCUGUAACAUCAUAGCCCUCGGUUUACGUUUCCAACACUUCUGUCUAGAAGUUUAAACUAUACGAUAUUAAAGUGUAUCGAUAUUUUCUUACACCCCUGCUGUUGAUGCUAUUGAUUGUUAUACAGUAAGCUGUGUGGUCCUGAUAAUGUGUCUGCACAUGGUCAUGUGAAAUGACACUGCUGUGCGGCUGUAGUGUGUUGUGAAUCUCCAAACAAAAUGUUUGCAUUCCCCUCAGUACUGAUUGGUAGUAAUGUCAUUUACUUUGCUUGUAAUGAGUAGUACCACUAGGUUGAAGUAUUUACACUUUUCCUCUGAAAAAGCAUUAUACCAUACCACAAAACACCAAACCCCCAAUAAAGUAGCUUUAGGAGCUGUGCGUCAGCUCUCAUUUAUUUAUUACUUUUUUUUUUACAGAUGAAAAGAACCACAUUAAGUUUAAUAUGUGAAUGUAAUCCUUACUCACACUGUGAAUAAUAAAGAUGUAACUGUGAAGCCUUA